AUGAUGGAUGAUCCAAAGACCGUGGUGCUCGAUAUAAGCUCGGAUGAAGAGGUGGGUUGGGGUGAGACUAGAGGGGGUUGUGAUAGUGCUGGUGAUGUUGACUAUGAUUGGAUAUCAGAACUUUUUGAUGGAGUUGACAAAAAAACUGAGGACUCUGAUGAUGUGGUGGUGGUGGGUGAGAUGGUGCUGAACCCAAAGCAGAGAUUGAAGUCUUCGGGUGUUGUUGCGGGGUCUAUAGCCAAAGAUGAGGACGAUGAUUGUGUGGUUUUGGAUGGUGAUCCUGAUAAACCAAUGGCAAUAGAGAACGAUUCGGGGGCUGAUUCGGAUGAUUUGCUCGUUGUUAGUGAGAAGGGUCAGGUUGCAUGUAGAGACUAUCCUCAUCCACGACACCUUUGUGUUAAGUUUCCCUUUACUUCCACUCCACAUGACAGGCAUUGCGACCAGUGCCACUGUUAUGUUUGUGACUCACUUGCUCCAUGUAUCCAUUGGGGCACUGGUGUUUCCGGUGUCGACCAUUGCCAUGCCACUGAUAAAGAGGAGCUCUGGAAAGUUAAGAGGAAAAGUUCAAAGAAUGGCGAUAAAGCUCUCCCACCAAUUUCUGGAGUUCCUGAUGCUUCUCUCUCGGCAGGAAUACUUCACAUGAACCUAGUUACACCAUUGACUCCACUUGAUCCCAACCCUGUGCCCCAGAUUGAGAUUUGUAGGCCAGCCCUUGUCCGUCCUUCUACUUCAACCAACUUUUACACCCCCAAUACCAUAAGUCAAGGUAGGAGCCAGCGAACAGGAUAUGGUGCCCCCAGAGAUAAGUUUCAUCCAUAUUUGGUCUCUGAACAGUUGCUCAGAACAUCAAACAAUGGUAAUCCAAGGGACAGAAGGCACAAUUUUGAUAAGUUUGGCCCUCAGUUAAUCUCCCCACGUGCAAUGUUGAAGAGGACAGGAUCAGUUGGGCUUGCUAAUCGGUCUGGCUACAGUUCAGCUAACAACAAUUAUGGAUCUCAAUACCCCAGGAAUCCCUCUUCCGUGACAACAUUAAGUGACCACAAUCCCAUUAGGUGCCAAGAUUUUCGUAGCUUCAUGACUACAGCGUCAAAUAGAUAUCAGAGCUCCUCACAGCCAAACACAGGCAGCAUUGCUGCGAUCACUGUGCCUUCUCAAUCCACGUUAUCCUCUCAGCUAAACAUGGGAAAUAUGUUUGCAAAUUCAGUGCCUUCUCGACCCCAAGUAUCAUCUCAGCCUUAUGUGUGCGCCAUCUUUCCAAAUUCAAUGUCUUCUCAAUCCCAAGUAUCCUCUCAAUCAAAUUCAGGGAGCAACUAUAUAAAUUUAGUCUCUCCUCAUUCCCAAGUUGUGUCUUCUCAAUCCCAAUUAUCCUCCCAACCCGAUGUAGGCUGCACCCAUGCAAUUUCAGUGUCUUCUCAACUCCACGUAUCCUCCCAAUCUAUUGUGGGCAGCUAUCCAAAUGCAAUGCCAUCUCAACAUCAGGUAUAUAUUCAGCCUGAUUCCGGAUCACAGGUUAGCCAAAAUGCUUUCCCACUAGAAAAUCAAACUCCAAGUGCUGUGGAUCCAGGCUUCACAAGUACCAACUUAGGUUGGGUUACCCCUACCAGCCUAAGUAACCAACAUCUGGAAGAAAAUUCCCAACUCCAUAGUGUAACAUCAAUAGAUCAUCUCUCACUUGAGACAGAAUUUGAUCCACUGUUUGUUGGAAGCACAAAUUCUGGCUCAUUAGAGUUUGAUUUUGAAAGUUGGAUUUCGGAAAAUGAGCAAGUUUCAGGGCCUCCUGGGUUCAAUGUGCUUUCUCCUGAACCUGCCCCUUUAGAUGCAGGCGGUUUCUUUGAUUUUUAAACCUUCUGAAAUUAAAAUUGUAUAGCUUAUGUGUGGCUCAGAUUCCCGGCUUUUUGCUUAAGGAAGAACGAUAGGAGAGAAACACAUGCCAUGGAUGAUAAGAGGAUUUGUGGGUUUACAUUCAUCAUAGGGAGAUUUGUAGUUUGAGAUAGCAGUUUCAUACAUCAGGUACGCAGAGACUGCCCCUGUGCUGAAGGAUUUUAUACAGAGGCUAGUGGCUUUUGUAAAUUUAUUUCACGAAUCCUAGUUUCUUUUAUUUAUUCCUUUUUUUGAAUAAAAAAAAAGUGACACUAAGUUGCACUAACCUGCUAUUUCAUUUUUGGUUCUUGAAUAUGCUUACCAUAACAUAAUUAGACCCUAAGAAAUGGGUUCACGAUGACCAAGGGGGAGCAG